AUGAUUGUAAUGUGCCCGUUUCGCCUGGAGCACGGCAUCUUUAUGGACGCCAUCCCUAUAAGGACGGCAUCCCCAUCGUUCGCCAUCCCAACAGCUGCUAGCAUCAGUGAGUGCAACCUGACGCCAGUCACCUACUUGUGCAUUAUUACAGCAAAGAAGUUGGGCACCGUGACCUGGGGGAAAGGAAAGGCGGUGCCGCCCAUGCAUCGCUCGUUGUUCUUACAGGCAGAAAGAAUAUUAUUUGACGUCCCUCCCUAUCCUUCCAAUAUUAUCAGAGUCCUUCGAAACAUGAGUUUGUGGCAGCCGUACGCGUCGGAUGCAAGCACGCACAGACGCACGAGCAUAACCAAAGGCACGAAGAAAACGAUUCAGAAAAACAAAGGAGAACUUUCCAUCAGUCCUCUGAAGCCACAAGCUCAUCUUCCCAUCGCUCGUAACGGCGAUGGAGUCAGUGUACGGAUUGCAAGAACGCAAGUUCAGUGCGGCCUGGGGUCCCCGACUUCCAUUCGGCAACAGACAGCCGCUCUUGCAGUCAGGUGUCUGGCACAGCUGCCUAGCGGUCAGCUCUAUUUUCUCCUGUCUUUCGACCAUACGGACCAUACAGAUAAUCGAUAUGGGCAUCGUUAG